AUGACUGAUGACGCCGGCCGAAUACAGCCGCUAAAAGGCCAUAUUGUGCCUGUGCGCACGGUUCAAGAAACGAAUCCGGAGAUUGAGUUUGCGGACGCAUACGUCGUCCAAAUCAGACAGAAAUGCGCGGCACAAGUAUCCAAAUUAAUAGAUGCUACAUAUCCCAGAGACCCGAGCCGACCUUUUACGCAUCUGCGUCGUUUUGUCAAGGAGGUCUUUUUGCCUGGGCAUCUCAAGAUUGAGAUAAACCAACGGGGAACCAGCAGCAGCAGUGUCAGUAGUGGUGAUACUGAGAAUGUUGGUGUACCGACGAUAUUCGCCUUGAUUCAACCCCCACUACCAGAGAUGGCGCAGCUCAGGGCCCUGCUUGCACCGUUUGUGCCAACAUCACCUCCAUCAUCAUCAACAACAACAACAACAUCUACCGAAAGCUCAGACCAAUCUCUCGAUAAAUUCUUUCUCACCACCACAAUCCCCAUAUACCCACCUCUUUCUGCUGCUCAAGCAGACCACUGGUCCACAACCCUCUGGCCAACAGGCUACAACGCGGCCUUUGCGCGCGCCACAAUCGCGCCUCCGCCGCCAUUGCUGAGUGCAACACAAACGGAUAUUUCUUCAAAGGCAGCGGGGUUUUUGCGUCUUGCUUGUGAAGUUGCGCGGGAAGCGAAACAACUAAAAAGAGGGAGAGGGGUUGGUGUUGUAGUUGUUGAUCCGGCGAUUGCGAGUAGCAGCAGCUCCUGUGAUAGUACGGAACAAGAGGAAGAGGAUGGGAUCGUGGCUGUCGCAGGCGACGCGCGAUUCUGUGCGCCGGGGAUCGACAAACCUAUCGAAAACAACAACAGCAGCAGCAGCUACAAUCCAAACUGCGAAGGCGGACCGGAAUGCCACGCCGUCAUGCGCGUCGUCGAGAUGAUUGCCAUUCAGCGCCGGAGCGAGGAUAUUUCGACUUUGAAUUCCGUCUCUGAACAGCACAAUCCAGAGUUGUCGCCGCUGGAAACGCGGUAUUUGUAUCAACCUGCUUCUACUACCACUGCCAUUACCACUACCACUACCACUAUCGAACAACCAACUUCCCCUGCAGAGCCGACGAGUUCGACGACGACGACGACGACGACGACACGGAUUCUCCCUCGGUCUGCUGGUGGAUAUCUCUGUACCGAUCUGGACAUUUACAGCACGCAUGAGCCAUGUCUUUCUUGCUCCAUGGGUAUUUUACUCUCUCGAUUCCGCGCAGUGACGUUUCUGCGUCGGGGCCGGUUGGUUACUGGCGGUCUAGCUUCUGAGCCAGCUGCUGCUGCUACUGCUCAACCCAGUAGUGAAGCAAAUACUAACAGGGCGAAUAAUUAUUACGGAUUAUUCUGGCGAAAAGAGCUAAACUGGCGGGCCAUGUGUUUUGAGUUUGUCCAAGAUGAGGACGAUACAGAAGUGGAAGGCUGUGAAGAGCCUGGGGAGUAUCAUGCUUGA